UAAACUUUACUUUUACUACAAAACUAUGCCGGCCACAUAUAUCUUUCCAGUAUUUGGGGCUUAUUUUGACGGCUAAGUUAUUAACAAGGCCAAGAACAUUAUUGGUUCAUAUAUUAAUAUCACAUAAUACCACAAAUUAAAUAUAUACAAUAUAUAUAUUAUAAUGAGCCAAUCAUGUUUUGCGUUUCCUUCGGUAUGCUAAUACAAGCGUACGGAUAUAAUUAAUUAUAAUGCGCCAAUCAUGUUUUGCGUUUUCUUUGGAGGUAAAUGCUAAUACAAGCGGACGGAUAUAAUUAAUUAUAAUGAGCCAAUCAUGUUUUGCGUUUUCUUUGGAGGUAAAUGCUAAUACAAGCGGACGGAUAUAAUUAAUUAUAAUGAGCCAAUCAUGUUUUGCGUUUUCUUUGGCGCGACGAUUCAAAUGACUCCAAUUUCAUUGUCAGUUUCAAAUCACCGUGAGCUUCAACGUGCGGUAAAAGCUUGUCUUUGUGUCUUGGUAUAUUCAAAUAUUUCUUUGCUCUAUAAUUCCGCUGAACUGAGAAAAAAAUGUUCACAGUGGAAGACGUUCACUCAUGGCUUAUUGCAGUUGGCUUUGGCGAGUAUUGCCAGACGUUUAAGUUGGACAGAGACAUCAGCGAUGAAUGAUAAAGAAAUGGCGAGUUCACUAAGUAAGAUCAAAUACAUGUCUUCUCCGAAUCAAAAGAGAGAAAAAAGACAGGAAGACAAAGAAAACAAGAAAAAGAACGAAGAAAAAAGUGACUUAAUUGGUACUGUUUUUUGAGGCGAGUUUCUUUUUACUUGUGUCAUUAACAUUAUAGGCCAGGCUUGAUCCUGGCUGCUAAGUAACAAAGCAAUUACGAGGUCUUUAUUUGCCUUACCGAGUACAGUACCCAUUUGAGACAAACA